AUGCGCGUGCUCCGAGUGCGUAGCGUUGACGAUGGUCGUGAGCUGCUUCUAGAGCGCCAUGGAUCCCCCGAAGACCGGCUACGUGUAGCUGAGUUAAAGCAGUUGAUACUGCUGCAACGGCAUCCAUUAAGCACCGAUGGAAACGCUAGUGUUCUAUCCAGUCUUGAAGACUGUUUCGUGCUCCUUCGAGGCCAAAUUCUAGCAGACCCUGAUGUGUUGGACCUAAACACGCUCUUGCCGUCCGAUUUCUUCGUGUUUGCUCCCGAUACAUUAUCGUCAACAUCAUUUUCGGUCGGAAGUGAGGCCGACUCUGGCAGGAAAAAGUCCGAAAAUGACGAAAAUUCCGAAUUGUUUCGUGUGGUACAGUCUCAGCUAGUGGAGAUGGGGUUUUCGGAAGAAUUGGCAGCUCAAGCUUUACGACAAAGUGGCAAUGACCUCGUGGCAGCUGCUUCGAUGCUAGUGGAAGGAGGAGUUCAUGUAGGGGAUGAGGGUCAUGGGUUGAUGCUCAAUGAGACGACGGCCGGUUGUUCAGGUUUUGGGAAGCAGCUUCUAUGUUCUCCGCUGGGGAGUUUAGUACGUGAUGACAAGGUGCAGAAGCUACGAAACCUGGCAGCAACGAAGCCGUUCGAGGCGUUGCUGCUUUUGAAACAACAGUUUUCGUCGGACAUGCUAAAUGAGAUGAAUGAGAACCCGGUGGCGACGCUGCAGUUACUGUUACAUCCCGCUCCGACGGCGUCUUUGCGUGAAGGCGAGAUGAAAGACUGCACAAGAGAUGGUGCUGAAGAUGAGGGUGAGCAGAAAGUAGAAACAGCUGCAAGCAGUAGCUCGAGUGGUGAAGCAGUUGAACGGCUAGUAGCGAUGGGAUUUGCUCGGGAUGUUGUGGAGGUUGUGUAUGAAUCUUGCGGCAGUGACGAGCAGCUUACAGCGAACACAUUACUGUUGACGCUGGAUUCAUGA